UGGCUUCACACCUCAGUGUCACAUGUUUGUUGAAAAUGGAGAUUUAGUGAACUGACUGAAGUGAUGAAAACUGGUAGCAUCCGUGUUAGAUCAGCGUGUCCAUUGUGAACGCGUUAUAUUCCCAUAGUUUUAAAUGCAUCCAAAUAUAAAGUACUACGCCUCCUCCGUUCAUGCAGAGGAUGAAUGGUGUGUGGAAAUUAACACAGUUUAACCACAAAGAACAGAAGAGAGAUAUUGCUGCUAGAAAUUACCAGGAAGAGAUGACAGAUUUUCAUUUAAGCCGUUGUUAUGAACCCAGUAUAUCAGCUACGAAGAAUAGGAAGAUGUCACGCAGCGAUUUAGCGUUUCAAAAAUUAAAGAAGUACGAAGUAAAAUAUAAAACUAACCCAAAUUUGACAUCUGUACUGACAAACAGUGAGUCGGUGGAAGCAAACAGUGAGUCUCAUAUAGAACAAUACAAAUCUGUUAUACCUGUGUACACCGGCCCAAGAGGCAGACAACAGGAUUUGACAACAUACUUUGAGGCAUCAAAACAUUGUCUUCAGAAGGCCGAAGAGACUGGCGGUCGAGCAUCAUUGAAAACCGGUAAUGUCACAUCAUCUCAUACACGUCCACGUAACAGAACACUUAUUAUUGACCUUAAAGUUGAUGAUGACGUGGUUUAUUCAGAUGACUCGAAAACUGAGUUGAUUACCAAUUCUUUUCCAAACGCCUGUCGGGACAGAAAUACUAUUUCACGGAAGAAGCAAUCUGAUGCCGAAAAGGUAACUGCUCAGAAAAAUGAGACCUUGCCUCCUCCAUUGAAGAUAUCAGUAAACAACAAACCUAGUGCGUCUGAUACAUCUGUUUCUAUUGACAAUUUAUGCAGGAAUAUAGCGCCUAAUGAUAAUCCCACAGAUUCAGGUGAUCAUACACAUAUUAACUCCACCUCAGCAGUUGAUAAAACAUCUGUCUGCUCCAAGAACAUGAAUGAAAUUAAAAAAGUUGACUUAUACCUAACAGACGAAAUGAAAGAAGUGCAGGAACUGUCUCAGUCAGUAGAAUAUUGUCAAAAGCAAAACAAAAAUGAAUCAUUAGAACAAAUAAAUUGUGAUCUCCUGAGCAACAAAGAGAAACUAUCUGUAGAGCCAGAGACUGUAAGAACUGAAAUAUUUGAAAGUAACUCUGAGAUCACAAGUUAUGAAGUUCCUGAUAUUUCCAGUUCUUUUCAUAUAGAUAUUAGAGAAUCUUUACACCUGGACUCAGUGGUAACUCCAGAGUCUUCCGUUACCGCAGGUGAUGGUGUACCACAGAAUACAGACGAUAAAAAUGUCGCUGCUCCGGCAUCAAACAGUGUAACAGAUGGUCAUUUGCACAGUGCAAUCUCAGCAUUGUGCUCCAAAUGUAAAAAAAGUUUUAAAAAACAGUGUAAGACUCAAGCAGAUAAGACUUACUGUAAUUGCAAUAGCAAAUCAACACAGACAAAUAUCAACUUGGACUUUGUACAUCACAUAAACAAUAUUCAUCUUUCUAACACAACUGCAGAGAAAGAUGUGCUGUUAUCACCGUAUAGUUUAUUUGUUUACCAUUACUUGCUUCAUGGGUAUUCAGAAGGUCCCAUCAAGAAGGAUCCUGAUCCUGCAGUUAGCUUCCUGGAUAAAAGUUUAAUGGAACAAGUCAAUAUAACACAAUAUUUGAUUAACAGCCAUCACACUGUGUAUAAUGCAUAUUGUACAGCUGUAAGAAACUUAUCAAAAAAUUAUCAACCUGUUACACUUGAAAACACAAUGCAGUUUAUAAAGCACAGCAAGAAGAAGAAAAGGAAAAAAAAUGGCUUCUCCACGAAGUGAAACUCAUUUUUUACUGUGUAUAUUUGUUGACGUCAGUAUUGACAUUUUUUUGUAACCUAAUGGCAAUAUUAAAAAUGUAUCCAUACAAGUAAUCUAUAAAAUAUUCAUUAAUGAUGGUCUGAGGCACAGGGUGUUAUCUACAACAGUUGUCAGCUAGGGAUUUUAAAAAUAUUGUCUGUCCAUAAAUUAAUAUAUUCUACAGCUGUAGGCAGCAGCUCAUGUCUUUUUACUAAUCAGAAUUCAAAUGAAUUGCAAACUUGAACUGUAAAAUUUGUGGUUUAUAACAUAGAGAGGUGAUUUUUUUUAUUUUUUUUAGGCAUGUUUAUCAAAUGAACAGCUUUCAGGAGGUCUUUUUAUGAUGAGGGUGUUGAUUUCUGUGUGACUUACUUAAUACCUUGACAUUACUAAAAUUGAGCAAAAAGAAGUUAAAGAUGUAAAGAAUUGUGUAAGAAAAGAAAACAUAGUCAAAUUCUUUUUAGAACAGAAUAUUCUCUAGACCUGUAUUAAGACGCAACAGCUCAUGUCAUUAUGAACCACUUACAGUUGGAGCAGAAUGCAAUGAUGUUAUUUAUUGGAGAUGCUUCACAGGGAUUAAGGUCAGAACUGGCUAAACAUUUGUCAUGAAAGUAAGUAAAAUUCCAUGAAAGAGCAUUUUGUAUCCAAUUUUUAAACCAUGGGAUUCCUCAAUUGAAGUCCAUCAUGUCA